AUGGAGACUUACGACACGUUUGUGGAUGGGAUACUCCGCAAAGUCGGCUCCCAUGUGGCUAAGUCAGUGAUCCUACACAAUAGGAAACUGGACACCGAAACCUUCCUAUACAAGACCCCAAAAGGGAUCAUCGAUACUACUAUCACGGUGGCUCCACUUGAGCAUGCUGCUACUGUUCAAGAUGACGCCGCGGAGACAAUCGGAACCAUCGAGCUGCGACUGUACAUCACCCGCCAACUGGGAGACUGGCACGAGAUUGGCAAAGUAAAGAAGUACUACGCCCAUCAAGGUGAUAUGAAAGACAGGGAUACGGGUGGUAUCGAGCGGAAAGUAGGCUACAACCGCAUAGCUCCCAUUUUCAGGAUGUCCUUCGAAAAGGACACUACUCCACUGGAGGAUAAUCAACCGAAAACCUACCAGCGUAGGGCGGAUGCGAAACGCCCAGCUGAAAUUCUCAAGGAGAACAUGUCAAUGGGUUUUGACCCUGACGACAAAGAUAUAGGCGAAGCACAUACUCUAGUGCUGGAACCUCUUCCUCCUCUUACCAUAGGCGCAAAGCCCUUAUCGAAGAAUGACGGAGACGCCUCGUCGCGAUCGGAAUCGCCGAUGCUUCCCACCACGCCAGCAAAAAGCGCACAGCCGAUACCAAAGAUAUCCUGCCCCAUCAAGAAACCUGGACCUCCACCAAAUCCCUCCGAGGCUACCACGAUGUCAUCCCCUAAAGAUCAAGCACAGACUGCGACCCCCGAAGCGCCUUCUAUACCGACGGCCGAUAUGACUGCGAAAGUACCCUGCCUUCCAGAAUCAAGCACCAAGCCCGCAAAUGCGCACGCAGAGAAAUCUGUAGCCGUAGCCAAGGCGACUACCAAUAAGCCUUCCCCGUCGCCACUUGACCCAGCAAAGAAGAGUCCGCAAACGCCCAGUACUCCAGCACAGAAGGAGGCCGCAAAACCAGCACCUGCCACUACCAACACUACCAGCGGUCAGAAGAAGUCGGAUACGCCCCCCGUAGCAGUCAUACCAGCCAAACGUUCAUCUACCACCACCAACGGUAUAACACCACCAGAGCCAAAGCGUACGAUGCCUACGCCUACGCCUACGUUACCUAUCGCCCAGCCUGUAGUACCGCGCUCCUCUACACCCAAGACGCUUUCGAUCGAACGACAGCUCGCAGACCAGCGAAAGAAACUCGAGGACAUGCGCAAGAGGCGUGCGGAGACCGCUAAGAAGCAGGCAGAGAUCGAUGAGCAGAUGGGACCCUACAAGCAGCGAAUGGCGGAGGAGCUGGACCGUCUCAACGAAGCGAUGAUGGAGGAGGAGAGCGCGUACAAUGAGGAAGCAGAGCACUAUAGCGCUAGUGUUGAGGUUCUGCAGGAGUUCAAGAAGGCGGAUGGUGGCAACUAG